AUGGUCAACUCCUGUUGUGGCUCCGUCUGCUCUGACCAGGGCUGUGGCGAGGAGUCCUGCUGCCGCCCCAGCUGCUGCCAGACCACCUGCUGCAGGACCACCUGCUGCCGCCCCAGCUGCUGUGUGUCCAGCUGCUGCCAGCCCUCCUGCUGUGGCUCCAGCUGCUGCAGGCCCAGCUGCUGCACCUCUAGCUGCUGCCGCCCCACCUGCUGCCAGACCACCUGCUGCAGGACCACCUGCUGCCGUCCCAGCUGCUGUGUGUCCAGCUGCUGCCGCCCCUCCUGCUGUGGCUCCAGCUGCUGUGGCUCCAGCUGCUGCAGGCCCAGCUGCUGCAUCUCUAGCUGCUGCCGCCCCUCCUGCUGUGGUUCCAGCUGCUGUGGCUCCAGCUGCUGCAGGCCCAGCUGCUGCACCUCUAGCUGCUGCCGCCCCACCUGCUGCCAGACUACCUGCUGCAGGACCACCUGCUGCCGCCCCAGCUGCUGUGUGUCCAGCUGCUGCCGCCCCUCCUGCUGCGGUUCCAGCUGCUGCAGGCCCAGCUGCUGUGGCUCCAGCUGCUGCCGCCCCACCUGCUGCCAGACCACCUGCUGCAGGACCACCUGCUGCCGCCCCAGCUGCUGUGUGUCCAGCUGCUGCCGCCCCAGCUGUUGCUAG